ACAAAAUAGUCUAGAUUGAACCACAUUCAGCUGAUUUGCACUAUGCGUGAGGGUAAUAAUACUUGGAUAUGGGUUUUCUAAAUACAAAAGUCAUGCUUUAAUUGAAAAGAAAUCAAUAAGAUCAAUAAACUUACUUUUGUUAAAGUAAAUUUAUAGGUUGAAAAUAGCAGCCCAAUAUGCUGGUGUUUCUUCUCUCCACAAUUAUCAUUAUGGUACUGGUCUACCUCUUGCUAAAACAGUUCUUCUCUCCGUUGAAACACUUACCCAAUCCUGAAGCAUGGCCAAUUGUCAAUCAGCUGCCAUAUUUUUUAUCAAACACAGAUCAAUUAGAUAUUAUAGAAAGAUAUUGUCGCAUGCAUAAAGAUAAAGGAGCAUUCAGAAUGACAAUGAAUGCUUUUGUCGGAGAGGCUGUGUUUCUUACAAAUUUUGACGACUUCAAACUAAUAGUAUCAAGACCAGCUAUUUAUCAGAGAAACAACUUUUUUAAGCGUUACUUUCCACUUCUCGGUGAUGGAUUGUUAUCAGCAACAGGCCGUCUUCACCAGUUCCAAAAAAAGCUUUUGUUUAAAGCUUUCUCGAAGUUACAUCUGAAAAACUACACUGAAACAUUUAAUCAAAACUCCAGGGUGUUAGUAAAGAUUAUAAAAGACUUUGUGAAAGACAGUAGCCGCAACAUUGCAGUUCAAGAGUAUUUUCAAAUGUUGGCAUUUGAUGUAAUUGGACAAAUUGGAUUUGGAUGCAAUUUCAAUGCUCAGAUUUCUAAAGAGUCCAAGUUUGUCUCUAUUUUCAUGAGCCAUGUGGACGGUUUGGCUAAUGUUAAAACACGCCUCCUACUUGACUUAUUUCCUUUUUUGUGGUACCUGCCUUUUGGUCCUGCUGCUAAAUCAAAGGAAUUGAAUGAAGAGGCUCGUAAUAUUAUGAACCAGUUAUUCGACAAACGCAAGCAAGCAAUGAAAGAGGGUACACUGAGUGAAGAAGAAGAAAAAGAUAUCUUAUCUUUAAUGAUUAAUGCAAGAGAUGAUGAAACAAAAGAAGGGAUGACAGACCAGCUGAUUAAAGAUUUAACAUAUACUUUCUUACUGGCUGCUGUUGAUACAACCGCGAUUAGUUUGGCAUGGUGUUUCCUAGAAUUCGCAAAGCAUCCAGACGCCCAAAGACGAGCACGUUGUGAGAUUGUGCAAAAUUUAAAACAAAAAUCUGACAUUACACCAGAAGAUAUUUCAUCUCUGCCUUUUACUCAGUCAUUUCUCAAAGAAACUUUGCGAUUUCAUCCUGCUGGUCCGUUACUUCAAAGAACUAACCAGGAGGAAGUAAACAUGUGUGGUCACACCUACCCAAAAGGGACAUGCUUUUUGCUGCCAAUAUUUUUUUACGGAAUCGAGAACUUCAAAGAUGGCUCCAAGUUUCAACCUGAUCGAUUUAUGGAUAACGAAAAAAAUGAAUCCACACCAGUUGAACCAUUCGUGUUUUCGUAUGGGCCAUACAGCUGUAUUGGUAAAAAUUUUGCUAUGCUAGAAAUGCAAAUUGCCAUUGCUCACCUAUUGAGAAAUUUCGAAUUUUCUGUCGAACCAGGAUACGAAAAUUACAAUCGAACGAUCGUGGCUACAAUUUCGACUGACCGUCCAAUUACUCUGAAAGUAAAAGCGUUGCAAGUUGAUUGACGCUUUCGUCACCAAAACUCUUAAAGAAACGUGUUAUAUUAAAUCCUUUAAAAUCUACUGAAAGUGCUGAAACCUUCUAUUGGUCACUGAAGAUACAAGCGCUGACCUGUGCCGAUCUAAGGGAGGGAACUGUAAGUAAGAGACCCGCCUCCUGUUUAGGUGUUAUGUUUGUUGUACCUUUUGCAGUAUGCACUUGCAUUUGAACUUUUUCAAUUAUGGGAUGGAUUAUUGAUUCAUUUUAACAUAGUAUUUUCGUGAGUUGUGACUAACUACACUACUACACAGUUUAUUACUUAUUACACAUUACUUAGUACACUAUUUCGCGAAUUUUGCUCCUCGCGAAUGUUCCUUUAAAACGGGUAGCGAAAACUAAAUUAUUUAGAACCUUGCAUGUGGUAAAUGACCUUAAGAAGAUUUGUCAUCCAACCAGCUUCUUUUCGUCAGAAAAAAAUCAAAAUAAGUCCUUAUUAGAAAAGGCUUUAAGAAAUAAUUUUGGAUAAUUAAUUAAUAUGUAAAGUGUUGUUUUUGUUUUUUAGAUAUUUUAUUCUAAUAUUUUUCAAAUUUUGAAUACUGGACAAAUUUUGGCGAGAAUUAAAUUUUGCGAAUUUCGGCAAAAUUCGCCUUUUUAAACGUUUUUUUUUUAAUUAAGAAAAGAAAAAUGUUUUUUCCCUA